CCUAUUUUUAUUUAUUUAACUCCUGGUUAAAUCCAAAAUAUUUAUCGUAAUGAUUAUUAAUUAAUUAAUAUAAAUUGUAAUUAAAUUUUCGUUACAAGUGCAACCAUAAACUAAAUGUACCUUAUGUAAUGUGUACAAGCAAUUAAUACGUCUAAUGGUAUUAAUUAACGCUAAAUUAUAAAAACAAACGCACCGCAUCAAAAGCUCAAUUAAAUUAAGAGGAUAUAUGAAACCAAAUAUGAGUACAAUCUAUGGAUUAACAGAAAAUUGCCAAGUACAUUAACAAUCAUGAGCCUAAGAUGAAUUUCUCAUACAAAUAUGUCUUCAACUGUCUAUUUUUUCGACCCUGGCUAGGCGUUCCAUUGGGUAUAUGGGUAGCAGUUUCUGUUGUUUACUAUUGGUGGUUGAUAUCUAGAAUAGAUGUACUGGAAACAGAGAAUAAAGUUAUUAAAAAACAGUUAACCAUAAGCGGGAUUCGUGAAUUUGCAGAAUCUGAUAACAAGUAUUACAUUCCCGAGAUUCCAGAUGCAGUGGGAACAUUAUGCGAAACAGUACACAUAGCUCUAGUCUGUAUGGGGAAAUGUACAAGGAUCAUCACACCAAUGCUUAAAUCUCUACUACACCAUCGCCAGAACCCAGUACACUUUCAUUUCAUUGUGGGCUCGGGAUCAGCACAUACCAUCACCAAGCUUUUCGAGACAUGGGAUCUACCGGAUGUUAAGUAUACAUGUUACAACACGCAGAACCGUCUGUCAGAAGUGCGUUGGAUACCAAACAGUCACUAUUCCGGUAUAUAUGCCCUAGUCAAGCUACUUUUCCCGAGUAUUCUGCCUGAUAACUUAAAACAAGUCAUCGUACUGGAUUCUGAUCUAACAUUUCUUAGCGAUAUAGUUGAACUGUGGAAUAUGUUUAAUAACAUGACUGACGAUCAAUACAUAGGCCUAGUGGAGAAUGAAAGUAAUUGGUACUCGAACACGGAGACACGCUGGCCGGCGUUAGGCCGAGGCUACAACACAGGUGUGAUGCUGCUAGAUUUGUACAAAAUCAGACGCAAAAUCAACUGGACAUCAGUAUGGCAUAACACGGUCAAAGAAAACUUGGAAAGGCUAAAAGAGACGACACUGGCUGAUCAGGAUGUUAUAAAUGCAAUAAUAAAAAAAUAUCCAAAAAUACUCUAUGCUAUAAACUGUCAGUACAACGUCCAAAUGUCAAUGCAGACAUUGGCCAAGACUUGUUACGGUGAAGAUGUAAAGAAUGUUAAGAUAAUUCAUUGGAACUCGCCAAGUAAAUAUAACGUUCAGAUACGUGAUUCGGAUUACUUUAGAAACAUACACCAAUCGUAUGUAAAUUUUGAUGGUAAUUUGUUACGUGAAAAACUCCAUAGAUGUUCACAGAGCGAAGUUGUUACAUAUAAGAUGAAUCAUUCCGACCUUUGCCUCAGUUUCCGCGCAGCGCAGCGCAUUAAGUUCCGCACGCACUUGUACUAUAUGGACUAUAGCUACAUAAACGUGGACAGCUUCGACGUGACGCUUGUUCUACAAUUGUCUAUGGAUAGACUACAAUUUCUGGAGAGACUUGUUAAGCAUUGGGAUGGUCCAUUAAGCGCAGCAAUAUACCUAUCGGACUGUGAAGUUACAAGAUUAGAAAGUUUUAUCCGAGAUUGGUCUUCCACUCUUAGUUCUAGAAACAAUAUCGGCUACCAUUUAGUUUUUAAACACGAUUCGGUACAUUAUCCAGUUAACUAUCUCCGUAACGUUGCAUUGGAAAACGUAAACACUCCAUACGUUUUCUUGAUGGACGUGGACUUCGUACCGAUGGCGGGUCUAUACGAACACCUAAGGAACGCCACUAAGCUUAUUAACCCUUAUCCACUGAAAAAGUGUCUAGUAGUACCAGCCUUCGAAACCCAAAGGUACCGCGCAUCUCCACCGAGGUAUAAGGAAGAACUUCUAUCUCGCCUGUCGACUCCUAAUAGCUACGGCGACGUCGGCCAGUUCCGGGCCAGGGAAUGGCCCAGAGGACAUAGGGCCACUAAUUACUUGAAAUGGACCACAGCAACCGCACCAUAUGAGAUAGAGUGGCAACCGGACUACGAACCAUAUUUAGUAGUUCAUCGCACUGUGCCUAGAUACGAUACGCGGUUUUCUGGCUUCGGAUGGAAUAAGGUGUCGCACAGCGUGUCGCUGCGCGCGCGCGGCUGGCGCGCCGUGGUGCUGCCGGGCGCCUUCGUGGUGCACACGCCGCACGCGCCCUCGCCGGACAUCACGGCCUUCCGCGCCGACCCGCGCUACCGCAUAUGUCUCGCCCUACUCAAGCAAGAGUUCAUGGAUGAUUUGAAAAAAAAGUACAACGUCUCGUUCAUAGAGGAUAAUAAAACGUGAAGUGCAAUAAAAAAACCAAAGAAAUUCAUAGUAUAAACUAUUAUAUAUAACUAUGUAAGAGGCUAUACUAGAAAUUAAUAAUUUAUUACAAUCAAUAAUUGAUAUAAAGCUAUUGUUUAAAAAAAACGCUUGCCACUAUAAUAUAAGGAGUUAUUUCAGUGAAAUCCUUAAUGCUAUUUAACCAAAGAACGAUUAGAAGUGCUAUAUAAUAUAUAUUGGUUUUACAAAAUGCAUCGGUAUAUCGAAAACCGCAUUGGAGCAGCGUGGUGUAAUAAGCUCCAAACCUUCUCCUCAAAAGGGAGAGGAGGCCUUAGCCCAGCAGUGGGACAUUAACAGGCUGUUACUGUAUUUAUAUAUCUAAAAAGGUUUUGUUGAUUGAUAAAAAAAUAAAUGACAUUAUUUUUAUUUACAUACAAUUAUCGGCAUAAUUAUGAAUAUUAUUUUAAUGUUAAAUGUCAUUUAACAAACUAUUAAUGAAUUUGGUAAGGCUAUCAUAGAAUAUAAAAAAAUAUAAAUUAAACUUUAUCAUUCAGCACAUUUAAAAAGUAAAAACUAUUGCGAUAUUUUGUUAAAUUAUAUGUUUGCAGAUGUUGGUCACCUGAAUAGAUUCUGGAACGUUUUUUUUUGUGUAAAAUGAUAAUGUGUCAUUCGUUUUUUAACAAACAUGGCAACCCAAACAAUAUUGUACAAUCGUUUUCAGUUAGAGAUUUAGAAAAUAAUAGUACGACUGACAUACAUCAUAGAUAAUUAAAGAAACGAGUAAAUGUGAGUUAUAUUGUAUUUUGCACGUAAAUUUAUUAACAUUCAAAAUUAAUAAUGAUAUUCUUUUUUUUUAAUGUUAAUAAAAGCUAAUUAAUACUUAAAAUUAAUAAUACUUAAUAGAAGUACACGCUAGAUUUUAUGAAAGCAAAUGAUAAACCGUAGAUUAUACCAUAUUAAUGUUUUUCACAUUAUUAAUAUGUAAAUUGGCUUUUAAAUCAUUAUAUAGUACAAAACGUUAAAUAUGGCUCGUACUAGGCUAUAUUGUAAAAAGAAAAAAAAACCGGAACAACGAAUCCAUACAUACUACUCGCAAAGAAAUAGAUACAUAGUGGCUUAGGCCGUAUAUGCUUAUACAUCUGCUGUUGCCAUAUUGGUAAUAUCACAGAAUUUGACAAUUCAUGUGUCAAAAUCAAUUGACACAGAUAACAGAACAAAUGCGGUAAUUUAUACUCUGUAUUUUUCUAAUUAUUAUUAUUUAAGCAAUUCAUCUUAAACAUUCCUUAAGAUCAUAAAGACAUGGUAGAAAGCUUUACACGCAAUAUCGUAACAACAAUAAUUAUCAGAGCCCUGGCCCUUGAUCAGGGUAGAGCGAGAUCGUCUUUCAGCGCCCUUUGGUCAAAAUUUACUACACAUAAAUUGUAUUUCAGUUAAUAUUAUAUAAAGACUUAUUACAUUUAUGAAAGAUCAAACAACGCUUACGUACUCCUGGAAAUUUGUUUUGUCAUUUUCGUGAUCGAUCCUCUCGCUCUAACGCAGGGCCGGCGCUGGUAAUGAUAAGUAGGGCUAUUAAAAAGCAAAUAUGACAAUAUUUAACGUUGCCGUUUGAUAAAUAAAUAUGUAUACAUAAAUAAUUCACGUAAUAUCACGAAAUCACAUAAUAAUAUAACUCAGACGCAAUCUUCAGAAACUUUUUCAAUUUCAAAAUGGCCGCCGUUAAUUCCCGCGAUUACGGUAAAAGUAUGACAACGGAUGGUUCUAAAUAAGUAAAUACUAGCAUGUACCCAGGUGAAAACAUUAAAAUUCUACGUAAUAUAUUAAAGAAGUACUACUUUUCAAAACUAUUUGAAAUUAGACACCUCAUAGUACCGAUACCGGGUCCCCCUAAUAUCAUUUAUUUAGACCUGACAUCGAGGUACAUUUCUUUUUACCCAAAUUGAACUUAUUAGGACGCAAAACGCCUCCUCACGAUUCGAUUUUAGUUGAUCAAUAGCGAUGAAUGCACUGUACAAUAUUUCAAUUAAAGCAACAAACAUUUAAAAAAAAGAUCCUUUUCUUUUAACUAUGAUUGAUUAAAAUUCAAUAACGCAAUUGAAAUUAUUCGAUUAUAGUUAUUUGAAUGCUUUGUUAAGGUAACAAAUAUUGAUCAACUAAAAUCGAACCGUUUGUUAUCGCUUGUAUGUUGGAACUUUGUUUGAGAUGAUAAAUGUUUUAAUAUGCUAUUAACAAAUAUAUUUUAUUUCAUCAGGCUGAAUACAGUUGCACCCAAUCUUAAUUAAAAAAAAAAAAAACAUUACAAUGCAAUUCCUAGUUUUAUUAUUUAAUAUAAAAAUACACGUGUUCCUUGAUUUACCAAAUUUUCAUAAAGACAAAUAUUGCCUAGUGAUACAAAACGGAUAAAAAUAAAAAUAUUUUCGUAUUAGACUAAUUCAAAGUACAUUUUUUUGUGUGAAUGUGACGUCUAUAAUUUAUACCUUUACUAUUAGGGCCGGAUACCGCAUCUAGUCUAUAAUGAAGAAAAUGUCACGAGUAACUAGUAAGUACUUUAACGUCUUCUUUUUUUAUUAAAGUUAAACUCAAAAUUUAUAACUAAUAAAUGAAUAUUAAUUUGCUUAUUUUAAAUAUAAAGUUAUACAAGAAUAUAUAUAUUUAUUUAAUCAUGAAUUUGUUAUUAAAACUAAAUACACUCUAACAGUUUUAUUCGCCAAUAGUAUCCGGUAUCCGAUCCGUUAUACUGGGUCAUCCGUUAUUUAUCUCGUUUAUAUUUUUAUUUUAGUAAAUUUUUUUAGUACUACUUUUUUUUACCAAAAUCAAUUUGUUUAUUAUCAUUCAUA